CACUCGGGUACGAGUCUAUUUCCUGAGACUUCUGCUCUGAACUCUUUCUUCUCGUAUAGAGCCCGCCCGGUUCGGUGUCGGCUCCGAACUGUUCGCGACAAUGUCCAAAGCCGUGCUAAAGAAACCCCACUGGACCUCCAGAGUGAACGAGUGCGCCGUGAGUAAAGACGCCCGCGGGGACCUGAACGUGUCUCUGCGCGGCGGCGCCGAGAACGGAGAGUUCGCUUACAUCGGACAAAUUACCGGGGGUCUGGUGGCGUACCAGUACGGACAGUUAGGGGAAGGGGAACUUCUACUGGAGGUGGAGACCCUCUCGAUUUCAGGAUUACCUCUGUACGACGUGGAGACGGUCAUAAAGAACUGCAAAAGUCCAGUGAGGUUGAAAACUGUGAGGCCAGGAACUAAGCUAAAUAAGGACCUGAAGCACUAUCUAACCCAGCGCUUCCAGAAGUCGUCAGCUGACCACGAGCUGCAACAGACCAUUCGAGAAAACCUGUACCAUCACGCAGUGCCUUGUACAACCCGCACCCCACGUGAAGGAGAAGUCCCUGGCGUGGACUACAACUUCCUCUCUGUAGAGGAAUUCUUGGAGUUGGAGAAAAGUGGAACUCUGCUGGAAAUAGGAACAUAUGAAGGUAACUAUUAUGGGACUCCCAAGCCACCGCUGCAGCCCCCCAUUGGGAAAGUGAUUAGCAGUGGUGGUGAUGCCCUACUGCCAGACAGGCUCAGCCGCAGCCUGCCGGGCUCUCAGCACUCCAGUCCUCAACGUGCCAAGUCCUACAAUGACAUGCAAAAUGCUGGAAUAGGGUUUGGUGAGCAGCAACAGGAAGACGACGAGGACCUCCCUGACCUGAACAGUAGCUUUACAGGAGACUCGAGUGAAUUAGACGAAGUUCAUCAGCCGGUGCGCCCCUACGCCCCUCACCAGAGUGACUUGUCCUACGCUGGGACAUCCCCCUCACCAUCGGCCACCACGGAGAGCACACAGCAGUCACACUCUCACCUGAGCCAUCCUCCCCCGGAGGAUCCGCUGGGACCUCUGCCUGACAACUGGGAGAUGGCCUACACCGAGAACGGAGAGGUCUACUUUAUAGACCAUAAUACAAAGACCACCUCUUGGUUAGACCCUCGGAGUCUGGACAAAUCUCAGAAACCCCUGGAAGAAAGCGAAGAUGAUGAAGGGGUGCAUACGGAGGAGCUGGAUAAUGAUCUAGAGCUUCCACCAGGAUGGGAGAAAAUAGACGAUCCAGUCUACGGGGUCUACUACGUUGAUCAUAUAAACAGGAAGACCCAGUAUGAGAACCCAGUGCUGGAGGCUAAGAAGCGCAGGCAGCUGGAGCAUCUGCCCCAGCAGCCUCAGCCCCAGAGCCAGCAGCCACCUGAAGGUGAGCGCUACAUCCGAGAGUGGAUCGAGGACUCGGCAUUAGCAGGGGCUCCAUUGGCCAGCUAUGCUGCCAACCAUGAGACCUACAGGGAGCCCCAAAUAGGUCCCACCGUGCCCAGUGCCAUGGGACAAAAACGAGGAAAGCCUUUCUUCACUCGGAACCGAUCUGAACUGAACGGGACCUUUAUUAAUACCAAACUAAAGAAGAGUCGUAGAGGGUUUGGUUUUACUGUUGUUGGAGGGGAUGAACCUGAUGAGUUCCUCCAGAUAAAGAGCUUAGUUCUUGAUGGACCUGCUGCCCUCGAUGGCAAAAUGGAGACAGGUGACGUGAUUGUGAGCGUCAAUGACACCUGCGUACUAGGCUACACACAUGCCCAAGUUGUAAAGAUCUUUCAGUCGAUUCCCAUUGGUUCCAUGGUCAACUUGGAGCUUUGUCGUGGCUAUCCUCUGCCUUUUGACCCGGACGAUCCGAACACCAGCCUGGUUACCUCAGUGGCCAUUCUUGACAACAAAGAACCCAUAAUCGUCAAUGGCCAGGAAGUCUCCAACAGCUAUGACUCGCCAUCUAGCCAAGGCAGUCAGAGCCUCAACAAUGGCCCUAUCAACGGUGGAGUGGCACCUCUCAAUGGCCUCCCCCAACCUCUUAGCCCCACUACAGAGACUGCUUCUGAUACCUCCUCCCAGCUUGGUUACUCCAGUGACGUGGUAACCUUGGCAUCAGCCAUUGCAACACAACCUGAACUCAUCACUGUACACAUGGAGAAAGGAGACAAGGGCUUUGGCUUCACAAUUGCGGACAGUCCCGGUGGUGGAGGACAGAGAGUGAAGCAGAUUGUGGACUACCCACGCUGCCGUGGCCUCAGGGAGGGGGACAUCAUCGUCGAGGUGAACAAAAGAAAUGUGCAGAGCAUGUCUCACAACCAGGUGGUGGACCUGCUCAGCAAGUGUCCAAAAGGCAGUGAGGUCACCAUGCUGGUGCAGAGAGGAGUGGCACCUGCAAAGAAGAGCCCCAAACUGCAAUUGUCAAGGAAGGACAGUCAGAACAGUUCCCAGCACAGCGUUUCCAGCCACCGGAGCGCUCACACCGAGUCGCCCAGUCACUCGUCCCUGGCACCCCCGCUCAGUGAAACCGGUGCUCCCCCUCCCCCCUCACAGCCCUUACCUGGCCUCCCAUCCCAGGACUCUCAAGGAGACGGGACCAUCCAGAGAAAACCGGACCCCUUUAAGAUUUGGGCCCAGUCUAGGAGCAUGUAUGAAAGUAGGCUUCCAGACUUCCAGGAAAAGGACAUUUUCCUGUGGAGGAAGGAUACAGGGUUUGGCUUUAGGAUCCUUGGAGGCAAUGAGCCGGGGGAACCUAUCUACAUUGGCCACAUAGUAAAGUAUGGUGCUGCCGACGAGGACGGGCGUCUGCGGUCCGGUGAUGAACUCAUAUGUGUGGACGGCACAGCAGUGGUGGGCAAGUCACAUCAGCUGGUGGUGCAACUGAUGCAGCAGGCGGCCAAACAGGGCCACGUUAAUCUCACCGUGCAACGCAAAUCCGGCUUUGCAGUUAAAGCAGAGGGAGAUGUGCCUCCAUCACCAGCGUCUUCACACCACAGCAGCACGCAGGCGCCCAGCCUGACGGAGGAAAUCGGGAGGCGCACCCUGCAGGGCAGCCAGAAUUCCCUCAACACCGUCAGCUCCGGUAGCGGCUCCACCUCUGGCAUUGGCAGUGGUGGAGGAGGCACCGGGGUGGCGGUUAGUGGGAACUCUGUAGUCGCCGCCACAGCUGCCACCACUUCCUCCUCCCAGCCCCCCAUUGCCAACUCCACCGGCGUCUCCUCUGCGGUGCAGCCCUAUGACGUCGAGAUCCGACGUGGUGAAAACGAAGGAUUUGGCUUCGUCAUCGUCUCGUCAGUGUCGCGUCCUGAAGCAGGCACCACCUUUGCUGGAAAUGCAUGUGUGGCCAUGCCUCACAAAAUAGGGCGCAUCAUCGAAGGGAGCCCAGCGGACCGCUGUGGGAAGCUGAAGGUUGGCGACCGCAUCCUGGCUGUGAAUGGAUGCUCCAUCACCAAUAAAUCCCACUCUGACAUCGUCAACCUCAUCAAGGAGGCAGGGAACACUGUCACACUGCGCAUCAUUCCUGGAGACGAGUCAUCAAACGCAUCUUUACUGACAAAUGCAGAGAAGAUCGCCACUAUCACCACCACUCACACCGCUCAGCAACAGGCCACACCUGAGGCCAGGACCAACACCAAACCAAAACAAGAAUCUUAUGAAUUCAAAGCACCACCAGCUCCCCCUCCUCAGUCCACCACCCAGACGGAUUCAGCUCAGGAUUCGGAGUUCUACUCGGUGGACCUGGAGCGGGACAACAAAGGUUUUGGCUUCAGCCUGCGGGGAGGCAGAGAGUACAACAUGGACCUGUACGUGCUACGGCUGGCUGAGGAGGGAGCAGCUGUGCGCAACGGAAAAAUGAGGGUCGGCGAUGAAAUCUUGGAGAUAAACGGCGAAAGCACCAAGGGCAUGAAGCACGCGCGAGCCAUCGAGCUCAUCAAGAACGGAGGACGACGCGUCCAUCUGGUGCUCAAGAGGGGGGAUGGCUCCGUGCCUGAAUAUGACGGCAACCCUGACGACCUCAUCCCAGCCGACACAAUCACAAGGCUACAAAACGCUGCGGAAGUGAGCAACCUGCCCCAAGUGAGCACGCCAUCAGAGUCGAGCAACCCACCAGAACCCCCGCAAACAUCCCGGACCAAGCCAGAGCGGAGCCGCCGGACUCAUGGCACUGGCACACAGCACCGUUCCAAACACCGUCACCACUCCCCUAACAAAACCAGCACAGGAAAACACAGGAGGAGGAAGAAGGAUGGCAAGGAAAAUCACGGGCACCGCCACCAAUCCAGCGGGCGCCACCGUAGCCGCCACCACUCUCCUAACAAGGGGCACAGCCGGUCGCGCAGUGCAGACAACCUGGAUAACCAACAUCGAGGACACCGCCGUGGUCGCUCUCCAGAAAGGAGGCACGGUCAUCAUUCUUCCUCCAACCACCGCUCCCCGUACCGUUCUCCACGACGCUCGCCUUACCGCUCGCCCAGACGCUCGCCUUACCGCUCGCCCAGACGAUCUCCGUAUCGCUCUCCUCACCGUCACAGGUCUCCCCACCGCUCUCGGCACUACUCCCCUACCAGACGUCGCCACCACUCAACAGACCCCUACCGGUAUGGCUCUGCGGAAAGACAGACUCGUCAAAAUGAGAAGCCUGUUUCCAAUGUGGCAGCGCUGAAUGACCCAGUCAGGACCCCUGAACCCAACCUUUUUGAUGACCUCGAUCUGCAGGAGUCCUCUACCCUGGGCCGUCUAAACAGGGAAGUCACUCUUCCACCUUAUAAGAAAGAGGCUCGCCAGUAUGGAGAGAACAGCCUACUCAUGCAACCCUCCUCCAUGGAAAGGGCCUACAGAGGGGACAGGUUGCUGAGUGACGUGCCGUCCCACACCCAGAUGAACACUUACAGAGACUUAACCCUGCCCAGAGUCCGCACCCCCGACUUUGACUCAGCCUACGAGAAGUACAGCUCGCUGUUGAGGGGGCACACGCCUGAUAUGAUAGAGCAGGAUGGGCGCCGUGCCAGCGGAAGUAUUACUCCCGAUCUUCAGUACCGAUCCCGCAGCCUGGGACGAACCAUCUCCCCAGUCAGGUUCAGAGAGGACGACUCCGAGGAUGAAGAGGACGAUGACAAUUUUGUAGCGGCUAAAGUGAAAGAGUACUACAACACACUCAAGACCAACACCAGUCGUCCGUCUAAGCCUGUGCUCCCCGAGCCCAAGAAGACCUACAAGGAGAAUCCCAAAGACCUGAGCAUCUGAUUGAACAUCUGUCUCAAGAGAACUACCCACACGACGCCUCAGUUACUUCCAUUACCACUCACUUCUGCAAGAAUGCACCUACUUAUGUAAACACGCUCACACACUUGAACGCAACACACCCGAUGACCAUAUAUGCACUCACACUCUACUUAUGUACCAACGUCGAGUUACUAACUAAACGGUGAUUCCAAAUGACUUUUGAAAGCUGUAACUUUUCUGUUCUUUUUUUAAUUGUACGUUUUCUUUC